AUGCUUUUGUAGCUCCUCUCAUUCAAAAAUAAAAAUCUUCUUAUAAGGGCUUUGACUAAUAAAAUUCAUGAAUUGGAAUAUAAUCAAAAAUCAAAUUAAACAUAUGUUUAUGGAAAUAAUGAGGAUCUAACAGUUGCAGGAUAACAAUUUCUGGAAUUCUAUUUCUAUGAUUAUAUGCUGCUUUAAGGGUAUUAAUGAUUUUAACUUUAGUUACCCUAAUCCACUAUCUUGCUUUAAAAAGCCUAAUGACAUAAUAUAACUAAGGUAGAGAUUAAUAAACGAUUAAAAUUUAGCAGAAAUUGGUUUAUAAUUGAAUCUCCAAAAAUUUUUGAAAGUUGGAAACCAAAUUCAAUUAAAGUAUUGUAAACAAUAUAAUUUUUAGGACUAAUCAAAAAGUAUUGGCUGAUACAAUAAAGGCUUUGAUUAUAGCACAAUAUUAUGAUAAGUUUUAGGACUUAGAGUCUUUAAGAAACCUUCUGUAUCCAGUGAUGGAUUUUUUAUUAAAUAAGUAGGCUAUAAUAAUAAAUCUUGCAUAGAGUGUAAUAGGAAUAAAUAAUCUAAGCAAAAUACAAUCCAAAAUCGAGUUUUAUAGAAUAUUUAAAUACAAUUCGAGAGGAAAUAGAUAUAUAGCCAAAAUUGAUAAUUGAGUGGAAAAAGAAUGAAAAAAAUUACAAUCAGUCAAUAUUUUAGAUUUAACUUGAAUUAGACAUUUCAAAUAAAAUAAUGGUUGAAAAUUACUAACUAAAAAUUUAAAAACAAGGAAUUAGUAAGAGAAUAACAGAAUAAUAAGUUUAUUUAGAAGCAUUGUAAGAAUUAAAAUAAUGGUUGACAACAUAUAACAAUAAUUAAUUUUAAUAAGCAGAAAGAAUUAAUCUCUCUACUUCUUUAGAUUCACAACAUAUCAAUAAUAUGAAUAUUACUGUUUAUGAAUUUCCUCAAUAGUUUGAAAAUGAUACAAAUGAAACAGAAUUUUAUGAUUAAUUAUCAUAAAUGUUAAUUUAAAUUGCAGAAAAAGAUGAAUUCUGA